GAAUGGGUGUGAAGAGCAAGGCUGCGGCGGCUAUCUUGGUGCUGCUGCUGUUCCUCGGCUCCCUGUGGCUUCACGGAGGUUUGGAUUACCACUGGGAUUCCUGUUUAAAGGGUUAUAAUCAGGGGAACACGCUCCACCACCAGCUGUACAACAGCAGUGGGGCCGAUGGAGCCGAGGGGUUACAGGUCAUCGAGGGGUGCCCGGGUCAGACCUUCCAGGUGUCCAUGCUGCUGUCCCACCUGCAGGCUGCAUCUGAACUCACCUCCGACAUCCUGCUGCAGCCGUACCUGUCCAGCUGGGACGAGCUCGUCAGGUUUAUGGAAGCUAUGGGACCGAUGGUGGGGCUGAUAUCGAACGAGAUAGAAACCAAGACCUCUAUAAUCCGCCAACUGGCCCUGUUGGCAGAAGUGGACCCUGAAGCAGAGCUGGUGGGCCCGGAUAUACACUCAAUAAACGGAGAGGUCACAGAAGCUGGGGAAAAGACUGAUAAGGAGGCCUCACAACACACUGGUGCUUACCACUCUGUGCGCACCAUGAUCUGGACAGAGCUUGGCCGAGGGCAGGUGAACUUCUACCACCAAACGGACUCUGGGUGUCGAACUCUCCUCCGAUUGCACCGUGCUUUGCUCUGGCUGAAGCUCUUCCUGGAGAAUCUGUCUGAAACACCGGUGGCUGGUCGGCUCAGGAGCCCCUCGGAGCUCUGCAGAGAGGCGUAUCAGAGGACCCUCGCUCACCACCACACAUGGUUGGUCCGCAAGGCCGCUGAGCUGGCCUUCAUCGCCAUGCCGGAGCGGACUUUCUUCUUCCGACUGGUGUGUGUGCAGAACCAGGAGGAGCUGAGCAUGUUGCUAAAAAGAGUGGUACAAUCCCUGGGAGAGGUUUACGACAGGACGCAGAGUGCCUUGGAAGAAAAUAACAUGCUGGACUUGCCCUAGAAAUACAAAAUGGCUGUGAGACUUGACCAUAUUUGCACUGUCUUCAAGAUAUCCUGGGCAUCACAGCUACAAAACGUGGUGCUAACUUAAAUGGCCUUUUUACUGCUGGAAUUCAUACGUGCCAUAUUUUUCCUCCAAACCAAAGUGUUGCGUCAACAAUCAACUGAUACUGAAAGUGUGUUUGCUUUCGAUCUGUGGACAUUCCUUAUCAUAUUUUAUGAGAUCACAUCUCGACACCGUAAGGGCAGCUGAUGAUGCAUCUAGGCUGGCUUUGAAUUAUUUAAGCAGGUGCACAGAUAAGCUAAACACCACUGUAACCUUUGUUCAGUUUAGGAUGUGCUGGAGAUCAUCGCAGGGGGGGGUGAUUUUGUAAUUUAUUGAUUUGUGUUUUUGUGCCAACCCCUGCUCACAUGUGAUUUUUUUACAUUCAGAAUAUUAUUGAAAAUGACUGCUGUUUAAUGCUUGGUGAUUUUGUAUGCUACCUCAAAAACUGACUAGGUCUAGCUGCCUUGUAGCCCUUAAAUCUAGGACCAAUCUAUCAUGAUUUAAGAGGUUUU